CCCCACAGCCCUGUCACGAGUCCCGGUCGUGUUCUGGGCGGCACCGCCACGGCGUUGCUGGCCAGUUUGGCUUGGCAGUGGAGGACCCUCCCUUCGUGCUCCAUCCUCGGCUGGGUCCCUGGGUGGAACUGAUGACGCUCAAUGAUGUGGCUGGGGACUUCAGGGAAGAGUGGGUUACCUGGCCACUGCUUAGAGAGUCCUCUUCAGGGAUACUACCCUGCACAGUUAGAAGAAUGGGCUCUCAAUGGGAUUUCUAGACCAAGUGUAAUUUCCCAUCUGGAGCAGAAAGAAGAGCCAUGGAUUUUACCACUCCAAAAUUUUGAGGCGAGCAAGAUCCAAAGGGAAAGUCACACAGACUUUAAGAAUCAGGUCGUAAAACUCAAUCGGGACAUCAUCUCUGAAACGGCAGAACCAGGUGGAACAUCCACGGAAAGGGCCAAUAACGAUAUUUCUCAUAUGCCUAUUUGGGGAGGCAACUGGGAGAGGGGUCUUAAAUUCGAAGGGCAGCAUGGAACCCUUCCAGGAGAGGGCCGGCAGGAGCCCUUUUCACAGGAGAAGGAAUUAAACAAGCUCCUGGAAGGAUAUAUAGGAAAGAAGCCCAUGUGUGCAGAAUGUGGAAAAAGCUUUAACCAGAGCUCCUAUCUCAUAAGACACCUAAGAACCCAUACUGGUGAGAGGCCUUAUACAUGCAUGGAGUGUGGGAAAGGCUUCAAGCAGAGUUCAGACCUUGUCACUCACCGCAGAACACACACAGGAGAGAAACCCUACCAGUGCAAUGGAUGUGAGAAAAAAUUCAGCGACAGCUCAACCCUCAUCAAACAUCAGAGAACCCACACAGGGGAGAGACCCCAUGAGUGCCCUGAGUGUGGGAAGACUUUUGGACGGAAGCCACACCUCACAAUGCACCGGCGAACCCAUACAGGAGAGAAGCCCUACACGUGCCUCGAGUGUCAUAAGAGCUUUAGUCGUAGCUCAAAUUUCAUCACCCAUCAGAGGACCCACACGGGAGUGAAGCCUUACCGGUGCAAGGACUGUGGCGAGCAUUUCAGCCAGAGCUCGGAUUUGAUUAAACACCAACGAACCCACACGGGGGAAAGGCCCUUUCGAUGCCCGGAGUGCGGGAAGGGCUUUAGAGAUAGUUCUCAUUUUGGAGCUCACAUGAGCACGCACUCGGGAGAAAGGCCUUUCAGUUGUCCUUACUGCCACAAAAGUUUCAAUCAGAGCUCACAUCUGGUCACGCACCAGAGGACACACACCGGUGAGAGGCCUUUUAAGUGUGACGGCUGUGGGAAAGGAUUUGCCGACAGCUCUGCCCUCAUUAAGCACCAGCGGAUCCACACGGGAGAAAGACCCUAUAAAUGUGAUGAGUGUGGGAAGAGCUUCAGUCAGAGCUCUCACUUCAUUACCCACCAACGAAUCCACUUAGGAGACAGACCGUACUGCUGUCCUGAGUGUGGCAAAACCUUCAACCAGCACUCCCACUUUCUCACACACCAGAGAACACACACGGGAGAAAAACCAUUUCGCUGUAGUCAGUGUGACAAGAGCUUCCGACAGAAAGCACAUCUUUUAUGCCAUCAAAACACCCACUUGAUCUAAGAAAUAGUCUUUAGUGGCUCUGCUGCUCCCUUCCAGAUUUCCAUCAAUAUUACCUUCAAGUUUUCCAGAGAGAGAAAAUCUGCACUUAGGCAUCAGAGGCUCGAGGGGGGCCUGAUCUGUUCGCUUUUUUCCAUGCUUUAAUGGCAAGGGUAAACCUUUAGGGUCCAAAUAAUAUUCUGAACCUAAAAGGCAUUCCUUCAGGGUUUUUGACUGACUCUUAGGGAAAUGUGAGUUUACUGGUUGAUGCCUUGUUACUGAAAAAGAAGGGAGAUAAAUGUAGUUGCAUUACCAUC